UUCAUCAGGAAGAGCAAGCGAAUACAUAACCCUUAACACCCGGACGUUAUCCAACCAGACGCCAUACACAUAUAUAUAAAAAUCGUUUUAUUAAUAUAAAUAUCCACACCACCACCACUACCCAUAGCAUGAAACUGUGGAUCGACGUUUUGCUUGUGCUUGCCGUAGUGCUUGGGCCUCCCGUAGUGACCCUCAUGAGCCUGCAGUACUACGGUCCCGAAGGAGUGAAUUGCGGCUUCGUGCUUUCAGGAGUCUACUUCAUGCUCGUGGUCGUCGCCCUCGUCGUGCGGAGGAGACGCCAGGCCGCGAGAGACGAGAACACUCUGCAGGAGAUCCGCGGGGCAGACUCGCCGCCGCCCUACGAGAUGGUCGCCGCCAAGCCUCCGCCGUACUCUGUGCUCUACGCCUCCGCCCCGCCCACCGAUGACGUCAUCCGCUUCCCCAACAGCACCUCCCGCUUCCCCAUGACGUACGUCCCCGUGCACAUUCCCCGGCAGGAUAUCCCUAGCCACAAGUCCCCCGCGAGUCCCCCCACGCUCGGCCUCGCGAGACAGGAGUCCUACGACGCAGGACUCCCGACGUACCAGGAGGCUGUGCGGUACAUCUCGUUGGCGACGCACGUGCCAGGCGAUUCGCUCAAGUGAGGAAGCGCCGUUCAAGGUGACUGUACUCUGCCUCUGUUCAGCCGCUGGGCACGAGCUGCGUCCGCCUGACUGGUGCCUCUAAUGGUGGCUCUCCCUCUAGCCGAGAGUGACGUCAGAUCCCCGGCCGGAGCGGUGAAGUGCGCGUGACAUCCUCGGAUAUGUGGGAAGGAGGUGUCGAUGGGUUAGGCCUGAGAAGAUGACGAGAAGAGAAGAUAGUGAGAAAAGAGAGAAAAUAAGAUGAGAAGAAAAUUGCCAAAGGAAGUCUUUCCCUGAUCUGUCAGCUGCGUCCUCCUACCUGAGGGACUCCAGGGACACCGUGGAUUUCAUCGCAAGGAGAAGCUCUCCAGGAACUGCUAGGGACUCCGAGAAUGUCCUUUGCGGAAAUCUUCUUCUGGAUUCCCAAGAAAGGGGAAACGGUUUAGGAAAAUACGUAAAGAUACAUGCAAAUAUGCAA